GGCAUGACGUUUGUCUCUGCCCAGUAGCGCUCUCUUCCGCGUGGCGGCGCUAUCGUCUUCGCGCUUUCCGAAGAACAAAAACAGCGCGAGGCUCGCGAACCACACGAGCACGCCUGGCGCGAGAGCACAGCGGACCACAGGGACAGCUGAACCAGAAGCAGAAGCCCUGCGAACAUCCCAACUUCGUCUCAACGCUGGUUUCAUCAGAGACUGCGCGCGGUAAUCCUUGAGGACAGCAAUCAAUUCGCUCUAACGACAGCCUCGACCGACCGCGUCGCCGACUUCACCAUGCCGUUCAUGACGCAUCUGUUUCUGAUCUUCUGGAAGAACGUCUACAUGAUCCAGAUCCGGCGCCACUACUUCAUGACCAUGAUCGAGAUCAUCGUUCCCGUCAUCAUGGGCUACAUGUUCAGCUACGGCGGCCUCAUCGGCCACUCGCACAAGAACGCCACCGAGGCCAUCUACGGCACCACGUCGGCCCUGGCACACGGGGCGCACGGCAUCUUGCAUACCGACGAGGUGGACACUUGGGACGGCGAUGAGUUGUCCAGCGAUGCCGUGUUACAGUUUCUGAAUAAGACGGUGCCAUUCCGCUGGGCGCUGGCUCCUAAGAAGGGCAAGGGCAAAAAGAAGAAGAAGAAGAAGCACGAGCUGACGCCCGAGCAGAUAAAGAAGAAAGAGGCCUACACGGAGAGCGUAGCCAAAAACCCGGUGCGCCACACACUCGGCUGCUUGCCCACCGUGGUCGGCUUCCUGUUCAUGUUGCCCGUGUUCACCAAGAGGCUGUGCGAAGAGCUCACCUCGGGAGCAAAGGAGCUGAUGAGCAUCAACGGCCUGUCGGAGAGCGCCUACUGGCUGGGAAACCUGAUGGGCGCCUUCUUCGAGAUGUUUCUCGUGCAGACGCCGCUCAUCACGCUGUUUCGGUACGACCCUAUCAGCGGAGCGACCGGCCUGUGGACGCAGAGCGAAACCACGGUGCUCGUCGUGUUCUUCACCAUCUACUCGGCAGCCGCCUCGUGCUUCGCCAUCAUCAUCGCCAUCGUCAGCCCGAGGCCGAAUAUCGCGGCCAUCCUGACUUUCAUUGUGAUGGUGAUGACCCUCAUCCUGCCCAUUACCGUCCUGGCCGUAUCCGGAGCCACCCUCUUGGACAGGAAAGAUGCGGCGAACCCUUACAACUUAAUCUACCAGGCGAUGUGCCUGUUGCCGAACGUUGGCUUCGCCUACGGCAUCACCCUCAUCUGCGAGAGCGAAGAACUGGGAGAGGGCAUCACGUGGAAGAACUUCGCGUCGCACAGGACCUUCCACCAGCUGUCCCUUCGCAAGAUAUCCAUCGCCUUGCUCACGUCGUGCUCCGUGAGCUUGGCCCUGGCCUGGUACCUGAAGAACGUCUGGCCCUUCGGCUACAGCUUCCCCAAGCCGUGGUGGUUUAUCGUGAUGCCCAAGUACUGGGGUAUCUAUGGAAGCGCCGGCAUCUCGGCGGCAGACGCCAAGGUGAUUAAGGAGGACCCCAACCUGUUCGAGCCCGUGGCCGACACGUUGGAGCCAAUCAUUAUCAUUUACAAGUUUAAUAAGACUUUCGGGCCAGUCAUAUGUCGUACAGACAUCUUGAAAGGCAUCACCUUCAAGAUCUUCCAGGGCCACAUAACAUCCCUCCUCGGAAGGAACGGUGCCGGCAAAUCGACUCUCCUCAGAGCAAUCGUUGGGGCGGUGAAACCGGACAGCGGUACGUGCUUUGUGAACGGCAUGGACGUACGCAAACAGAAGAAAGCGGUGCGGCAGGCGGUCGGCUACUGUCCGCAGCAUUUCGCACUUUACCGCGAGAUGACCGUCGAGGAAAACCUCUGGCUAUUUGGCAGGAUCCGUGGGAUGAGUGACACUCAGACCGUGGACUCCCUGCAGCUGAUCGUGAUGUCAUUACAGAUGCAGGACUACAAGGAGAAGCUCGUUAGACGCCUCAACACCGGCCAGAAACGGAAGCUGCAGCUUGGAAUUGCUCUUAUCGGUGAACCACAGAUGCUGCUGCUGGACGAGCCGACCGUAGGCUGCGACACGGAGGCGCGCAACGCUCUGUGGCAUGCUAUCCUGAAGAACCGCGCCCAGCGGGGCAUCUUGCUUGCCACCAACUCCAUCGAGGAGGCCGACAUCCUCGGGGAUCGCUCCGCCAUCAUCUCCACGGGGAGUGUGCGGUGUUGCGGCUCAUCCAUCUUCCUGCGGAGGAAGUACGGAAUCGGCUAUCGGCUGCACAUGACGACGACCGAGAUGCCGAACGUGAAGCACAUCAUCGGCUUCAUCAAGACCGUUGUCGAGAGCGCCGAGGUGUUCCUCGAACGCCGAGGCUUCCUUGUUUUCUCUCUCGGCAACCCUGAGCACACGAAGCUGGUCAAGCUCAUGCAGGGUAUUGAGACAAACAAGCGCAGCCUGGGCAUCUUCACGAUGGGCCUGGCCGCCACCUCGCUCGAAGACGUCUUACUCAAGGUGGACGAAGAGAACGUGGGCAUGGAGACGGAUGAGUCGAGCGACCCCGAGAGCAGCGGAAUAAAUGCCGAGACCGCAAGUACCAAGUCUAAGGAUGCUUCACAGAUCAGCCUUGGCAAGGACGAAGAACUCUAUAAGCGGGACUUCGUUCCAGUGACGGGCUUUCGUCUGUGGCGACUCCAGUUUUGGGCACUCAUGUGCAAGAAGAUGAGCUAUUGCAAGCGCAGCUACCUGGCCAUCCCACUGCUCGUGACCACCAUCUUCGUGACGGCGCUCAUACGCACGCUGUCCUACUAUCUCUUCCACUUUGACCAGGCCAAGUACGUCCAGCUCCACAAGCAAGCGAUAUCGCCGACUGCCACCGAGAUUGCCCUUCUUCAGAAGGAACCAGCCUUCAAGGAAUUGUACUACAUGAUCCGCGAAAGCCCCAAGGCGCCGCUCUUCAAGUUCGACAUCCAGAAGGUGUCGGACAGCGUGGUCGACCCAGUGUUCACGGUGGUGCUGAUCGCCCGCAUCGUCGACUCGCUCACCAUCCCGCUCCUUCUGUCGCUGCUGGCCGCCGCCUACGUCUUCCUGCCCACCGAGGAGACGUUCACCAAGGCCAAGGCCAUUCAGCUCAUGACCGGCAUCACGGCGACUCGCUACUGGUUCAUGAGUUUCUUCAUCGACAUGGCGUCCUACACGAUCGCGUGCAUCAUCGCCUUGCUGCCGCUCUUCAUCAUCGAUCCCUGGGGACUCACCAAAAAGGCCAACAUCAUACUGUCAACGUACCUCGGUCUGUUCUGCUUCUUCGGUAUGGCCUUCAUCCCCACCUGCUACGUGACUUCGUUCUUCGUGGAGACAUCAGCGGUGGCAUACUUUGGCCUCAUCGUUGAGAGCUUCAUUACAGGCACGGUGACUAGCAUCGUGCUGUUCCUGUUCGACAACAGCGUGGUCCUGGAACUCAAGGAGAAGUCGCGCUUCCACCGCGUCUUGGGCAAGCUGGAACUUCCGCUGCGCGUAGUGCCAAACUUCGCCGUGAACCGCGGAGUGGGCAACGUCAACAAGCGGCUCUUGGGACAGCUGGUGUGCUGCAACUUGCCCAUCGACCUGCUCGCCAUGCUCUGCAACCACGAGUCGAGACAGUUCGGCACGACGCGCUUCACGCCCAACGAGACCGAGUACUGGGACCGCAUGGUCGAAGGCUGCCCCGGUUCGUGCCAAAUCUACGACCUGCUCAAGGGGGGCCAGGAGUGCGUGGUGAGCGCGACGCAGACGGACGAAGAGCGACGCGAGUUCCGCAUCGACCUGCUCAUCAUGUUCAUCACGGGCUUCGUCCUUCUUCUCGUGUGCGUCUUCCUGGACGCCAAGCUCCAGUCGCGCACGAAGUCCAGCGAACUCCUGUCGCGCGAGGAACUGCGCGCCAAGAAGCUGCAGAUGAAGCACGUCGACCCCACCAUCCUGGAGGAGCGCGAGCGGGUCGAAGCCCUGGUCGACGCCAUGACGCACGGCGAGGAAGAAGGCCUGCUCGGACUGCUCGUGCACAAACUCGGGAAGACGUACAGAGAGGUGUCGGUGAUCGGCCAGCUGAGUUUCACGGUGCAGCCGGGCGAGAUAUUCGGCGUGCUCGGCUUGCAGCAGUCUGGCCGUAGCACGGUGCUAGCCAUCCUGGCCGGUGACCGGGAGCUUGGUCGCGGGAACGCCUACAUCGAGGGCUGGGGAAUCCGGCGCAACCCCAAGCAGUACCUGAAGCGGGUCGGCUACUGCCCCGAAGAGGACCCUCUCAUCUUCAAGCUCACUGGGCGCGAGAUGCUGGUGCUGAUUGCGCGGCUGCGCGGCCUAACGGCUCACGUGAUGCACAAGGAGAUCCACUACAUCCUGCACCAGGUCGGCCUCAUGCGCCACUCCAAGCACCUGACCGUCGACUACGGUUCGGGAGCCCGCCGCAAGAUGUCGCUGGCCAUGAGCCUGGUUGGAGACCCGGCGCUGGUCAUCCUAGACGAGUGCACAUCCGGCGUGGACCCCAUAUCACGUGGCCGCCUGUUCCGCGCAAUCACGCGCAUCCAGCGGUCCAGCGGCAUGGCAGUGCUCUUCACGUCGCACUGCAUGCGCGAGUGCGACCAGCUGUGCACCCGCGUCGGCAUCCUGUCGGGCGGCGACUUCACCCGAGUGGGCGACACGGUGGCCCUGAAGCAGUCGGCCACGCAGGGAUGCACCAUCGUAGUGAAGCUGACCGUGGCCCAGAGCACGCAGGAAGGCUCCAUCAAGGAGAUCAACCGGGGCAUCAAGCGGGAGUUCCCAAACUCGGUCAUUGCCGAGAAGCGAGAGGACCAGAUGCGCUACCGGCUCAAGCCGAACAUGGACUACCCGCUUAUCUGGAGCGAGGUGGUCUCCAAGCUGCACAAGCUCCAGGAAGAAAUCAAGUUCGAGGACUUCCUGGUCAACGACACCUCGCUCGGGGAGGUGUUCAUCGGCUUCGCGCGCGAGCGAAAGAUGGUGGACUUCGGCGACAACCAGAUUCGCUACUACGAAAAGGACGCGCCGCCGGGAAUCGCCACCGUACCGAUCGUGGCGUAGCGCGCACGAUAAUUAAACGCCAACCUGCUAUAGCUGGGGAGCGCACGUCAUCAGUGACGUUUCUGUGACCUCAUUGAUUAUCACACUUUCUUUACUGCUGAUGCUAAACAGCGUA